AUGGACGCCGAUGAGCGUUUCAACAUUCUGAGCGCCACUUUUGAUCCGGAAUCUCUGGUAGAUGAUUGCGAAAACGUGCCUUUUGACCCUUCGCGUGAUAGAUUCUACCUUAGUCUUUUGUCCAGUGUCUCUGACGAGAAACUGCGUAACACAGUACUAGACCUGAGGGAUUCCAGGCUCGCCGUUGGCCGGCUAUCGCAUGCUCCCUUCCUGCUCCCGUGGAGCGUCCAGCCGUCGAGCGAAUUCGCGGAAUCUGCUUCGUCUGGCGUUUGUGCUGCGCAACCCAAGAUCGGUACUCAGUUGAAAGCAAGUUUACAGGAAUUCGUGUCACGCGCCAAGGGUGAGGCCGAGUCAGUAAAGCGUAUGCUUGAGCUCCGUCUUACGGGCUACACAUCAACCCGGAAUGCAUGCUACAAGUUCCUACGCGAAGCGUGUAAUUCGAAUCGCGAGGUGGUAAUCUGUCUGCGCCCCUCUGGCAGCGUUUCAGCUGUGCGUUGCCGUGGCUCAGUAGUCUUCUUCGACCGCAGCUCGAAUAUGCUUUUAAGCAACGUCAAGGUUGACGGGGACGUAUGCCACCCAUUCAUGUACAUCAGGUAA